CCCCCACCUACCCCUCAAUGUCCAACGCAGAAACAAUCGCAAAGAACGCACGGCAAGCCUUCGAGGCGUCGCAGCUCGUGCCGGCGUCUGAGCGCGACACGGCGCUGUCUGCGAUCCGGGAGGCGCUGUCCGAGCGCCGCGCAGACGUGCUGGCAGCCAACAAGGCGGACAUGGACGCGGCGCGCCCGCUAGUGGAAGCCGGCAAGCUGAGUGCGUCGCUCUUCUCGCGCCUCGACCUGUCCAAGCCGGGCAAGUACGACGCGAUGCUGCAAGGGAUCACGGACGUGGCGGCGCUGCCGCUGCCCACGGGCGUGGUGACGUUCGCGAAAGCGCUCGGCCCCGAGCUCGCGCUGCACCGCGUGACGUGUCCCGUCGGCGUGCUCCUCGUCAUCUUUGAGGCGCGCCCCGAGGUCGUGGUGAACAUUGCCGCGCUCGCCAUCAAGUCCGGCAACGCCGCCAUCCUCAAGGGCGGCAAGGAGAGCGUGCACACCGCCACGCUGUUGUCGUCCAUCAUUGCGGACGCGCUCGCGCGCACCCAGAUUCCGGGCACGUUCGUGCAGACCGUGUCGACGCGGUCCGAGAUCGCGGCGCUGCUCGCGCAAGAUCGGUACAUCGACCUCGUGAUGCCGCGGGGCGGGAACGAGCUCGUGAGCUCGAUCAAGAACCAGACCCGCAUCCCCGUGAUGGGGCACGCCGACGGCAUCUGUGCCGUCUACCUCGACGCGAGCGCCGACGAGGCCAAGGCGGUCCGCAUCGCCGUCGAGUCAAAGAUCGACUACAUGGCGGCGUGCAACGCCGCGGAGACGCUGCUGGUGCACGACAGCGUCGUGGACACUGUGUGGCCAAAGGUGGCGGACGCGCUCGCGGCGGCCGACGUGUCGCUGCGGUGCGACGCGCGCACGCUGUCCGCGCUCGCGGGGCGGCCCGCGAGCGCGCGCGCCCAGCCGUCCUCUGAGGCGGACUAUGACACCGAGUUCCUCGGCCCCGAGAUCGCCGUGCGCGCCGUGCCCUCGACAGCCGCGGCCAUCCAGCACAUCAACGCGCACUCGAGCCACCACACGGACGCGAUCGUGACCGAAGACGAGGGCAGCAUGAGCGCGUGGGCGCGCGGCCUCGACUCGGCCAACUGCUUCAUCAAUGCGUCGACCCGCUUCGCGGACGGCACGCGGUACGGGCUCGGCACAGAGGUCGGGAUCUCCACGGGGAAGACGCAUGCGCGGGGCCCGGUCGGGCUCGAUGGGCUCGUGAUUUACAAGUAUGUGCUGAGGAGUACCAAGGGCGAUGGCUCGGUCAUUGCGGACCAUGAGAAGGGGCAGGGAUACACCCACACCGACUUGCCGCGGGACAAGGCGCCGUUUUAGGCUUUGGAGUGGUAAUGCAUUGAUGUGAGAGGG